GCAUGAAUUUUUACUCAAUGUACUGUGUUGAUUGUGCUGCUCUUUUCUAUUGAGCGCGCACACAGAAGAGCGGAAACAGAAUUGCGCCAGCAGCCGGCAGCGUUUAUUAGCACAAAUGAAGUACUGAAACACUGAGCCGUAAAUGUGCACAUGUCGUGAGACGGUUUUGGAAUAAAAUAAUUCGAAUAUAAAUCGUGAGUUCAGUUAGUAUGACGGCGGUUGAACAAACGUGCAAACGUUAAAACUAGAAAGUCUUGUAAUAUUGUUAAAUAUUAUAAGAACUCGCUUCUUAAGUACAAAAACUAAAAGCAAAAAAAAAAACAAAAAUAAGCAAACGAUAAUCAAAUGUCUCGCCGCCACGUUAUGUAAACGAAAAUCGCAGCAAAAGUAUCUCAUAGAUGCAGCAACAGCAGGCAGCAGGCACCAGGCACCAGGCACAGGCAGCAUCAAACAAAACACCAAAAAGCAACAAAAACAAUAAAAAUAAAAGGCAAUUGAUCAAAUAUUAAUCAAUGCUGCCAGCAUCAAUUUUAAGCUACAUAAUUUGACUACAACAAUAACAAUAAGAACAAUAACAUCAACAACAUCAACAGCAUCAACAACAUCUGUAAUAAUAAUAAUAACAACAACAACAAGAACAAAGAAUUCAUAAUUAAAAUAGCAAACUCGUUAAGCUGCAGUCAAUAAUUACAAAAUAUUACGUGACUGAUAUACUAAAAAUUUGCCAGUGUAAGGAGUCUUAAUACAGCUUUAACGCUGGCGAACCGACAAGGUACUGUGCCCGUCAUAAUGGAGAGGCCAGAAGUGACGUUUCUCUUUCAAUUCGGCAGCAUACGUGAUGCCGUUUCGGUGGCCGUAAAUGCCUUAACGCUUAAAACAUUAAAGGAUUUGGCAUGCGAAUUUAUCAACACAAAGAUACCAGAUAGUGGACUAACGUACCUAUCAGAGCGUAUUUUACUAUUUCGUCAUGACUACAGCAGCCCAAAUGUCUUACACAUCAUUAAUUCGGCAUCGGAAGUGGUCGAUGAAACAUUAGUUGAAAUUGUGCUGACCGCAAAUCCCAUACUAUAUCCCACGUCAGAGAUGCCCACACUCAAACCUCACACACUCAACGUGCACUCCUACAAAGCACCGACUUUCUGUGAUUUUUGCGGUGAAAUGCUAUUUGGUUUGGUACGUCAAGGACUAAAAUGCGAUGGGUGCGGACAAAAUUAUCACAAACGUUGUGUUGUAAAAAUUCCAAACAACUGUAAUCGCUGCAAUGACACAACGCGGCGUUCCUCGGCACUGCAACCACCACGCAGUCCCUCCAGCAGUUCCACGCAAUCUCUGAUUUCGACUGAAGAGCAGCAAACACUGAAAAAUGACUCAGGGAGUUCACUGAAUGUGCCAAACUUCAGAAACCAUCAGCGCUCACCUUCAGCGGGUAGUCGAAAUGGUUGUAGCCCAAUUUCACAUAAUCACGCUACGUUUCAUCAUGGAGCGCAAGCUUAUCACGAGAAAAUACGCAUUCCGCACACAUUCAUGGUACACACCUAUGGAAUACCGACUGUUUGUCAAUUUUGCAAGAAGCUGUUAAAAGGUCUCUUCAAGCAAGGUUUACAAUGCCGCGAUUGCCAGUACAACACACAUAAGAAGUGUAUGGACAAAGUUCCGCAAGAUUGCACAGGCGAAAGACAAUUACAUAUAAAUGAUUAUGCAGACAGUACACCAACACAUGGUAACACCAGCAAAGAACGCGAUAACUUCUUUCGGGAAGAAUUUGAUGAUAGUGACUUUGAUGACAAUCCAUCAAGUGAUAUAGCUUCAACCACAGCUUCAGCGCGCAGUUACGGCAGCGGUACAACAACAUCAUCUAACAAAACAGGCACCGGACGUACGAAUGCACCGAAGACCACAACGAACACAAAGAACUCACCACCAGAAUUAUUGAAUGGACUGAUCAGCGAUGAUGAUCGCAACUCAUAUCGUAGCGCAGGCGAAGGGCAAUCAUUAGACGGGCAAUCAGAGCAAUCGAGCUCCUCUUCAUCACCGAGUGCCAAUAUACCUUUAAUGAGAAUUGUACAAUCAGUGAAGCACACAAAAAAACGCGGAGGUCAAGCUAUCAAAGAAGGCUGGUUAGUACAUUUUACUAACCUAGAUAAGACAGUCAAACGUUAUUAUUGGCGUUUGGAUUCGAAGACUAUCACCUUGUUUUUAUCCGAACAGGGUAGCAAAUAUCAUAAGGAAAUUCCAUUGUCUGAGAUACAAGCUAUAGAGCAAAAUAAUGACACCCGCACAGAUAAUAACUACUGUUUCGAAAUACGUACGGCAUCUGUGAGUUAUUAUGUGGGACAAGACCCUUUGGUGGGUAUGCGUGAAGAGCAGCCUGUACGCUUGCCACCACCCGAUAGUGGCAUUGGUACAGAUAUAGCAAAGAGUUGGGAGACAAGCAUAAAGCAAGCUUAUAUGCAUGUGACUAAUACGCAAUGCUGCGAAUCUGAGGAAAAUGUGCAGGAUAUGGGUCAAUUAUACCAAAUAUUUCCAGAUGAAGUGUUGGGUUCUGGACAAUUUGGUGUUGUUUACGGAGGUGUGCAUAAAAAGACAAAACGUGACGUUGCCAUAAAAGUUAUAGACAAACUACGCUUCCCAACCAAACAGGAAGCGCAGCUUAAGAAUGAAGUUGCCAUAUUACAGAAUAUCUCACAUUGUGGUGUUGUGAAUCUCGAAAGAAUGUUUGAAACUCCAGAACGUAUUUUUGUUGUUAUGGAAAAACUGAAAGGUGAUAUGCUGGAAAUGAUACUUUCACAUGAACGCGGACGUUUAAGUGAACGUGUAACCAAAUUCCUUAUAACGCAGAUACUCAUAGCACUUAAGCACUUGCAUAGCCAAAAUAUUGUGCAUUGUGAUCUAAAACCAGAGAAUGUACUGCUUUCUUCGAAUUCUGAAUUCCCCCAAGUGAAGCUAUGUGAUUUCGGCUAUGCGAGAAUUAUUGGAGAGAAAUCAUUUAGAAGAUCUGUUGUAGGAACACCCGCUUAUUUAGCACCUGAGGUACUACGUAACAAAGGUUACAAUCGUUCGUUAGAUAUGUGGAGUGUGGGCGUGAUUAUAUAUGUCAGCUUGAGUGGUACAUUUCCGUUCAACGAAGAAGAGGAUAUCAAUGAUCAGAUACAAAAUGCUGCAUUCAUGUAUCCACCAAAUCCAUGGAAAGAAAUUUCAUCAAAUGCGAUUGAUUUAAUCAAUAAUUUGUUACAAGUUAAGCAACGAAAGCGUUACACGGUGGACAAAAGUUUGCAACAUUAUUGGCUACAGGAUAAACAAACUUAUAGGGACCUGCGUAAUUUGGAAGGUCAAGUGGGAACACGCUAUUUAACACAUGAAGCGGAUGACAUGCGUUGGGCAGGAGCCGGCGAUAUGUGACCUGAUAAAGUGCAGACAUUGAAUA